GUGUCUUAUCUCAAUCUGACUUCUUUUGAUUCAAUGUUCAAUCGCAGUUUUAUCCCAAAAAUAGGUUGACGGUUUACUGUUUUACUUGUGAGAGUGUUUUUCGUUUUUGAAGUGUUUUUGUUUAUAUCGUGAGGUGGUAAUUAUCAAAAAAAAUGGGAAAUGUACACACUGUCGGACCCAAUGAGGCACUUAUAGUAUCAGGUGGUUGUUGUGGUUCUACCAAGAAAGUCACUGUUGUAGGAGGAUGGGCAUGGGCAUGGUGGUUAGUGACAGACGUCCAGAGACUGUCACUAGAGGUCAUGACCUUGAACCCUUGCUGCGAGAGCGUGGAAACUGCACAGGGUGUACCCUUAACGGUCACCGGUGUGGCUCAGUGCAAAAUCAUGAAAGCUGAUGAGCUAUUGCAGACUGCUUCCGAACAGUUUUUAGGUAAAAGUGUGAAGGAAAUCAAGGGUACCAUUUUGCAGACCCUGGAAGGCCACUUGAGGGCUAUUUUAGGAACUCUUACAGUAGAAGAAGUGUAUCGAGACAGGGACCAAUUCGCUGCUUUGGUACGGGAAGUCGCGGCUCCAGAUGUAGGAAGGAUGGGAAUCGAGAUCCUGUCUUUCACAAUCAAGGACGUGUAUGACAACGUGCAAUAUCUCACGUCACUAGGCAAGGCUCAGACGGCGAGUGUGAAGAGGGAUGCAGAUGCAGGGGUGGCAGAAGCUAACAGGGAUGCCGGAAUAAGGGAAGCAGAAUGCCAAAAAUCGGCAAUGGAUGUCAAAUACUCUACGGACACAAAAAUAGAAGAUAAUUCCAGAAUGUUCAAACUGCAGAAAGCUAAUUUCGAUCAGGAAAUCAAUACCGCUAAAGCCGAAGCUCAACUGGCCUACGAACUUCAGGCAGCUAAGAUCCGUCAGAAGAUUAGAAAUGAAGAAAUCCAAAUAGAUGUGGUGGAACGCAGGAAACAGAUCGAAAUUGAAGCGCAAGAAGUCAACAGGAAAGAACGAGAACUGAAUGCUACGGUGAGACUGCCCGCUGAAGCUGAGAGUUACAGACUGCAGGCUAUAGCUGAAGGAAAGAGGACUCAGACCGUGCAAAAUGCUCAGGCUGACAGCGAAAGAAUUAAGCUAGUUGGUCAAGCUGAAGCAAGUGCUAUUGGAAGUGUAGGAAAGGCUGAAGCUUCACGAAUGAAAAUGAAAGCGGCGGUGUACAAGCAAUAUGGAGAUGCAGCUAUAAUGUCAAUAGUUUUAGAAGCUCUACCUAAGAUCGCAGCUGAAGUUGCAGCUCCUCUAUCGAAGACCGACGAAAUUGUCCUGAUAGGAGGUCCCGACAGUACAACAGCAGAGAUAACUCGUCUUGUCGGACAAAUUCCACCAGCCGUGAAUGCCUUAACUGGAGUCGACUUGUCUAAAGUCUUGUCUAGAUUACCGGGUGCCACCAUAAACCCUGCACAGCAAACUGCCACUGUUAAAUAAAUUGUAUAUAAGAUUAAAUAUAUUGACGUUACUCGUGUGAAAUUGUUGGUUUAGAAGCGUAUCCAAUAUUUUAACAUUGAUUUUAUCUGAUAUUUUAUUUUAGUUUAGAAGAAACCUUCGUUUUCGCAUGAAUAACCAUGGAAUUUCAUUCAAUAUAUUGAAUUAAUUACUCAUUUUUUGAAUGUUGAAUGAAAUUUCAAUAUGAUCUGAAGCUUUUUUCAAUACCUGAAAAUGAUCGUGUUUAUUGCAUUUAUAUAAGUCAAUUUUCCUCAAACUUUGCUUGACACACUAUCAGAAAGUUCAGCUGGCUAUUAAUAUUGAAUUUAAAAUACUUUCUGAACUAUCCCAUAUAUAUUUAUAUAAAAUAAUGAUACUGCCAUUUAUUGUUCUCUGAGCGAUAUGCACAGAAAAUAAUUUUUCUCUCAUUGCAUGAUUUUAACGAUUAUUGAAUAUUUUUUCGACGAGGAACCUAUACACUUUAAUAUUAGAUCCUAAAUUUUUGAGAAAUUUUUAAUAUUUUAAUGAAAAUUGAACAGAUAGACUUGCAUUUCGUUAAUAGCAAUCAAUGUUUUGCCAACGCAUUUUUAGGAGUCUUCCUGCUGAGUUUCGGAACAAUUUAUUUUGAUUUUUUGAAAAAUAUGUUGGUAUGGUUUUACGAAUUCUAAGAUCUGAUCGAAGCAUAUAAGGAUCUUUGAAUUCAGCACAAGUAAUAAUAUCCCAAUAUUUCAGAGUUACUUUUUCAAAGAUGUAAUAGGGGUCUCAACACUUAAUAUUUUCCCAUACUAAUUUAAAUUGAACUCUAAAUUAUUGGUGAUAUUUCAAUGUAGGUUCUUUGAAAUUGGUAUUACAACUACUGUUUUGAAAAUUUUUGAUGCUAUAUGUAUGUAUGUUUGUGGCACUAGUGUUCCAGUGUAACUUUUAGAAAACAAAAGGUUUGUAAUUAUUCUACUUAUUUUGUGAGCGAAUGUGAACCCCACUAACGAAUCAGAUGAGUGUUAUAUGUUUUUAUCUUUAGUUCAAUACACACCUCAACUAAAAUAUAUUGCCUUCAAAAUUUCAAUACAUGGAAUACUAUAAGUUUUAUGUUACCAAAAUAUUAAAAUUGACAUAAUUUUCGAGGUUUCACCGAGGGUUUAAGACACCUAUAAGAUGGUACAGGAUGCAAACUCCUCCGUUAUAUAAGUAGACCAACUUAACUGUAAUCACCCUAAACUUUCGAUGAGGAAAGGUAACACUCAUCUGGUAGAUCUAUAUUGUAGAGUAGUUCAAAUAUUAUGUUUAAAGAAUUCCUCCAGUAUUUUAUACGAAUAAAAACCAGAUUUGAGGACCUCUUAGAUUAAAAAAGUAUUUUUCUACAAGAUUAGAUUCGAAUAUUUCUUUUCAAUUGUGACGGAACAAAAUAAAGGAGUUGCAUAAAAAAAGCAGCAAUAUUGAAUUGAUAAUGAGGGAAUUUUCACACUUGAUCGUGUGCACUUCUGAUUUUUUAUCGAAUCUGGAAGAUUGGGUACUAUAUGCUGAAGAUUUACACUAGAAAUGAUUCAUGCUUUGAAAAUAGAUUCUGUUGGAUGAUGGUUCAUUUACUUCUUGCAUUUGGUGUGAAGUGUUUCUAGGGUAAGUCAACCAAUUUUGUGAGGCAAUCACUUAUUUCAAGAUGAAAUGCAGGUUUUUUUAUGAAAUUAAAUUUUUAAUAAACACGAUUCAUAAAUAUGAAUGUUUUGUUACAAUUAUUUUUACCUGUAUGUCUAUUUUGUGUGAAUAAAUUGUACUCCAUCAGAACGAA